CCUCCUCCUUUUCCUCCCUUCAUGGACCCCACCCUUCUAGUACCGCUUCAAGUCUCAACUUGACUAAAAGUGCACUGUAUCGCCAUUGUUGCGAAAUAUAAGAAAUGUUCGCAGGAAGGCGCCGUUAAACUGCUGUAAAAACGAACAAGUUAGGUUAACAUUAGCUUUAAAAAGUUCAGCUAGCAUGGAGAACGACAUCCUGGAGAUGGAGUCUCUGUCGGACGCCGAGGAGCCGGAGGGAGAUGCCCACUUGGAAAUGAUUGUAGAAGAUGUCGUUUACCCCGAGGAGUUUCUACCAACGUAUCACAGUAUUCAAGAAGGAUCAACCGUCACCAAAGUACAGCUGGCCGACUUCGACGGCCGGCCCGAUUCGCUGUUCUUCAAUGACGGCGUCAGACGGAUCGACUUCAUCCUGGUCUACGACGACGAGGACAAGAAGGACUUUGACAAGAGGCACACCUUUGCACGCCGCAAGAGACGGCGGGAAUACUUUGAGGCCAGCUUGAUGAAAAUGGGAAUGGAGUUGGAGGCAACCCGAUCUGUGGUGGACGACAAUCUGGUCUUCGUCAAGGUCCACAUGCCGUGGGACACGCUGUGCACCUACGCCGAGGUGCUCCACAUCAAGCUCCCCAUCCAGCCCAACGACCUCUCCUCCCAGCGCUCGCGGUGGCAAUGCCUGUCCUUCAUCACCAAGUACUUCUACCCGGACGAGAAGGUCAUCACCAAGGAGGCCGAGUUCUUCACCGCCCCGUUUGAGAAAGACCGCCUGGAAUACUUCUACGUGAAGGACAAGGAUGUCUUCUUCUCUUCGUCCAUGAGGAACAGGAUGGCGUAUUACAUCUUGAGCCGAGCCCCCUAUGAGAUACGAGGGAGCGUGAAGAAGUUUGGCAUCAGAAAACUGUUGGACAGCGGUGUCUACAAAGCUGCCUACCCGCUGCACGAUUGCAGGUUCAACGUGAAGUCCAAAGAAGAAGGCUGCCCGAACGAACGCUUCAGGCUCUACAGAGAAUGGGCUCAUCCCAGAAGCUUCUACAAGAUGCAGCCUCUUGAUCUCAUAAGGAAGUAUUACGGCGAGAAGAUUGGCAUUUACUUCGCCUGGCUGGGCUUCUACACCAUCAUGCUGGCUCUGGCGGCCGUCGUAGGUCUGGGCUGCUUCAUAUACGGAUACAAAACACAGGAAACCAGCACAUGGAGCAAAGAGGUGUGCCACCCGGAGAUUGGAGGCAAAAUAGUGAUGUGCCCGCAGUGCGACCAGGAGUGCAAAUACUGGCGUUUAAACAGCACCUGUGAAGCUUCAAAGAAACUGUGCAUAUUUGACAACUUUGGCACGCUGGUAUUUGCAGUUUUCAUGUCAAUCUGGGUAACCCUGUUCCUGGAAUUUUGGAAGCGCUACCAGGCCGAGCUGGAAUACCAGUGGGACACCGUGGAGUUCCUCGAGCAGGAGGAGCCGCCACGACCCGAAUACGAAGCCAAGUGUGUCUAUGAGAGGAAAAACCCAGUCACGGGGGUGAAGGAAAAAGUGCCUUAUACAGCCUGUGGACGAUGCGUUCGGGUGUCAAUAGGAAUAGGGACGGUUUUAUUCUGGAUCUUGCUGAUCCUGGCCUCCAUCGUGGCCAUCACCGUGUACCGCCUGGCUGCCUUCUUCACCUUCUCAGCCAGGCUGAGAGCUCAGGACCUGAAGGAGCUAGAGCCCCUCAAGGAGUACGUGACGCCUCAGAUGGCCACCUCGGUCACGGCCUCCCUCAUCAGCUUCGUGGUCAUCAUGAUCCUCAACAUGCUCUAUGAGAGGGUGGCCAUCUGGAUCACCAACUUUGAGCUGCCAAGGACCAAGACGGACUACGAGAACAGCUUGACCCUCAAGAUGUUCCUCUUUCAGUUUGUCAACUAUUACUCUUCUUGUUUCUACAUCGCCUUCGCCAAGGGGAAAGCAGUCGGCUAUCCCGGACAGCCCGUUUACCUCUUGGGAAAAUACCGGAACGAGGAGUGUGAUCCUGGCGGUUGCCUAAUUGAACUGACCACUCAAUUGUCGAUCAUCAUGGGUGGAAAAGCCAUCUGGAACAACAUCCAGGAGGUUCUCUUACCGUGGGGCAAAAAUUUCAUUUUCCGCUAUUGCACGCGUUCAGCCUCACAGAAAGUCAUCCCUCGUUGGGAGCAAGACUACCAGCUGCAACCCGUGCCCAAACUGGGACUCUUCUACGAGUAUCUGGAAAUGGUCAUACAGUUCGGCUUCGUCACCCUCUUCGUGGCCUCCUUCCCUCUGGCUCCGGUCCUGGCGCUAGUCAACAACUUGUUCGAAAUCCGCGUGGACGCCUGGAAAAUCACCACGCAGUUCCGCCGCAUCGUUCCCGAGAAGGCCCAGGACAUCGGCGCCUGGCAGCCCAUCCUUCAAGGCGUCGCCAUUUUGGCCGUCGCCACCAACGCCAUGAUCAUCGCCUUUACCUCGGACAUGAUUCCACGCUUGGUGUACUACUGGUCCUUCUCGGUGUAUCCCUAUGGAGACCAUGAUUCUCAAACCAUGGAGGGCUACAUCCACAGCUCCCUGUCUAUUUUCAACAUCAGUGAUUUCUCCAACUACAGCAGGCCGCUCAGCACGCCGUACAACAUCACCACCUGCAGGUAUCGAGAUUUCCGCUACCCUCCAGGUCACCCGAAGGAGUACGAGCACAAUAUCUACUACUGGCAUGUGAUCGCUGCUAAAAUGGCUUUUAUCAUUGUUGUUGAGCACAUCGUUUACCUGACCAAGUUCAUCCUGUCUUACGUCAUCCCCGACAUCCCGUAUGCUGUCAGAGAGCAAAUCAAGCGGGAGAAGUACUUGACCCAGGUUAUCCUCCACGAGACCAACCUCAAGCUGGUCACCAAACGCCUGAAGCCACCAAAGGACGACGCCCACAAGAACUUUCAUGGCAUGCUGGCAAAGGAGGACAUUGAGCUCGAUUUACAGUCGUAAGAAAACACACAAACUAAGCCACAUCUUCAGAAACAGAUGGACAAUAAUAAAACGUGAGUGAUAUGCUGGAAUAUUCUGCAGACUGCGCGGAAGCUAUGAGAGCAGAUGACAAUCACAAGAUGCGGACAGCUCACAUCAUGAAGCUAAAUGUCUGCAGGUGUUUUAUAGUUACUGGUGAAAUGCUGACAUUCUUCAGUAUUAUGCAAUGCACAAAAUGCAACCAUAGAGAUUUUUGACAGACAAGCUGUUAACUACAUAAUAAGAAUAGUGUGCCUAAGAUGUUUUAAGGUUAAACCUUUAGUGUAUUAUAUAUGUUUACAGCCACACAGUCCUUUCAGUCAUUCAGACAAAGUUUCCAAUGUCUAUUUAGUGCUUUAUACCUCUUCUUUUCUACAGUUGUCCUUGUCUAGUUUAUAUUUGUAGUUAAAAACUACUCCACAUUUAUCAAUUUGCACUUUUUAUGGACAGGGCUGUGAUUCUGUGACCACUGUACUGCACAUAACUUUGACUGCAUGUGUUUAAAAUAUAGUAAUUUGCUCCUCCCAUGUCAUUAAUGUUCGAUUUAUACCUCUGCUGUAUUAUAGUUAUGCUUUAUUGUACUCUAACCACUAUAAACAGUAUCCUGCAUGUGUGUGUGCAUGUGUUUCAAAUUUUGUACAGAGCAAAUAAAUUGUUUUGUAUUAAAA